GAUAACGAUGACAAAACUGUGACUUUUUUUUGUGCACUACAAUGUUCUUGAUGUAUUGAUAAGCUGUUAAAUGACAAUGAUUUUGCAGAAUACUCCUGAGCUUGAACUGAGUCAUACUUUAUAAGUCACAUUCUCUUUUUUUUAAUACAUUUACAAAAUACAAUUACAAAGAAUCCCAACCUUGCUUGUAAUGGGGUUUUGUAGUUCCAAGACAAGUGAUCCAAAACAUAAUCAAGAAAAUGUCAUACCCAGUACUUUACAGAAGUAGCAUGUUAUUUACAUACAUUUUUCCUGCAGGCACAUAUGAGUGCGCUUUCGUGAUUGGACCAGUCAUGUACACAGCCAAGGCACAAAUGAAUGUUGCACUCUUGCCUGAUGAGAUCACAAUGAAGAUAAAUCCUUUGAUAGUCAACUGUGCCGAAAGCUCUAAUGUUAGCAUCAAGGCAACCAUCGCAGACACCACAGAGACUUAUGAUGUUAAUUGGCACUACUCAGUUUCAAAGCUGACUGACCUAAAGAACACAAGUAAGACAAGCCUACAGUACUUCUCAAAUAUGUCUGUCCCCUGUCCUUCUGCUGCACUAGAUCAUACUGAUGAUAUUAACACAAACUUAAAGUCACAACAUGGUAGUAGUAUGACCACAAAUCUAACCCUGACACUCGUUUUUAUUGCAGCUUCUUCUGGGAACAUUGACUAUUCUGCCAUGGCUCACAUCAAGUGCGAUCAACCAACUGAAGAACAAUAUGUCAGGAUCACCUUCAAAAACAAUGUGAAUCAAGAAAAAAGUGAACAAUACACUAUCCCCAUCAUUUAUGAGAAUACAAAGGUUUGCAGCGACGACAACUCAGAUGGAAUUUGGCCAAAAACCCCAGAUGGAACUACGGUGACUAUUCAUACUUGUGAAAAUAAUACAGUCGGCCAUAAGACUCGCACUUGUAAGGGCAGGGAAUGGCUGCCAGUUUUCAACUCCUGUGUGGACAAAAAGUUGUCCGAGGUUGUCUCAGAAGCAGAGUACUUCGAAAAAGGAAUGGGGGCUUCACAGGAUUUGGCCAAAAAUGUGUUUGAAGGGCUAAAAAACUUCUCUACUUCUGAAACCACUGAAUCUACAGCUAAUGUUAUUGGUGUCAUCAAAGUUCUAGAUGUGAUGGCCACUGCUUCAAAAACCUUUGCAAUGACAGAGGAAAUCCUGCCUAACUUUGUUGAAUCAGCAAGCAACAUACUGGACAAAAAUUGGCAAGGUGUCAAUGAUUCUUAUAUUCAUACUAUGUCAUCACAAUAUCUCAAGUCUGUGGAGGGUCUGGUGAAGUAUAUCAAAGUGAAAAACACCAACAAUGUCGCCACACCGAACAUCAAUUUUGAAGUGUGCUCGGGUAGUGACUGUAAUCUGAAGGUGUUUGGCAUCAACGUGACCCUGCACAAUGGCACCAAAGUCGUGAAAACUGUUGGCUUGAAAAAUCUAAUUCACAAAUUACCAAAUAACUACCAGAAUUCAGAACAACUCAGUGACAAAAUAAUCGUAGUCACACAAGAAGAAGAGAGUACAUCGCCUUUCAAAAUUACAUUGGAUUUCCCCAACAAGCCGCCAGGACACAGGAAACCAUUGUGCGUCUACUGGGACACUGAAAAAGAGGAUUGGUCAGAGGAAGGAUGCACUGUUAAAUCAAGUAUUAAUGGCAGCACACUCUGCGAAUGCAACCACCUCACUGCAUUCUCCAUCCUCAUGGGCAAAGGUAAUACACCUGACCCCACCCUAGACAUCAUUACCUACACGGGCCUUGCUGUUUCCAUCUGCUCCUUGAUCAUCUUCCUCAUCAUAGAGUAUCUCGUGUGGUCUGCUCUGAUCAAGAGUAAUCUUUCACAUUUCCGCCACACGGCCAUGGUGAACAUUGCCUCGUUCCGUUUGCUUGCUGACUGCAGUUUUUUGGCCUCCAUCUAUCCUGAAAUUCUCACAGAUGAAUGGUGCCUUAUUUUGACCAUAUGCAAGCACGUGUUUUACUUGGCCAUGUUCAGCUGGAUGCUGUGCUUGAGUGUGAUGCUUGUCCACCAGAUCAUCUUUGUCUUCAGUCCACUAAGGAAAAGAGUCUUCAUGUUCUUCUCCAGCAUUGUAGGCUAUGUUUGCCCAAUUCUCAUCGUGGGAACCAGCUAUUUGUUUUGCAAAUACACCAAAACAAAAUACUAUGAACCAGAUAAAUGCUGGCUAGUAUAUGACGGGCCUUUGCAGGGAUCCAUGUAUGCUUUCCUCCUGCCUGUUGGAACUAUUACUCUUACAAAUCUGUUUUCCAUGGUGGUUGUCAUUCUCACUCUGAUGAAGACUGCGGUGCCGGGUGGCAGCCAGAAACAGGACAAGGAGACAGCAAAAAGCAUCUUCAAAGUGGUGCUCUAUCUAACACCUGUUUUUGGAAUAACAUGGGCUUUCGGCUUCCUUCUGCGAGUAUUAAACGAGGACCAUCCUGCGUAUCUGUUUGCGAAUUACACUUUCACCAUCCUCAAUACCUUCCAGGUAAAUUGAAACCACACACCACAACUCAAUGUUGACAUUAGCGAUGCAUCAAGCCAACUUGUCUGUCCUAUUUGUAAACUGAGCUGCAGUUAUACCUCAUACAGUAUAUCAAAUUAAUUUCUGCUUGUCAACAACUCAAGAGGCACCAAGUCCUCAAAUGCCUUUAACAUCGUGACUUGGUCGUAUUCAACACUUUUGCAACAAACAUAUCAAGACUUUUUGGACUCCCUGAUGAAGGUUUCAUGCAAAAACACGUCAGUGUUUGUUCUAAAAGGGUUGACUACGACCAUGCCAUGCCUUUCCAUGACUGAGAAGAUUGAUGAGUUUGAAAGACGUGACCGUUAAAGCAGAACUAUGCAGGAUUUUGAGCCGAAUUUAACAGCUUCGGAGUCAUGUGAUAUGUAUAAUAUAAAUACUCUACUCUCUGUUAGUGGAAAACCAGCCUUGCAAGUUCAGGGCCUCAGAAUCAGGGGGUCUCGCAAAGUCUCGGGCCUCACGGGAAACUCAAAUCGCUUCACGGCACUGUACACACACACACACACACACACACACACAAGCCAGGUACCAGCUACAUGAUCAAGACAGUGAAAGAGUUUUUUCGACGUGGCAGAGCCAGUGAAAAACACUCAGAUUAUUUAUUCAGACACAAAAUGUUCACUUUGGAUACACGCAGAUUGAAUAUCAUUGUACAUAGUUCAACAGCUAAAUGAAAUUUGUGUUGAAAAAUGAAAAGUGUUGCAUAUAAACACAGUUUGGAGCUAAUGACACUUUUUCCCUGUAGGGCCUGUUCAUUUUGAUAACUGGAUGUUUCACGGAGACAAAGGUGGGCUUCUCAUGUCAUUAUGUUCACAUAUUAAUUAUGUUACACUAAUUAACUACCUUUUGUAUUGUUAUCAACAGGUUAGAGAGGAACUGAUUACUCUCAUAACGGUAGGUUUGCCAAGAAGAGAAAUGACAUCAUCGCAUAAUGGACAUGCUCAUCAUCAUGGUUUUGUUUCUACCCUCAGCGCAAAAAAAAGGUUCACAGCCAGAAUCUGACUUCACACUCGUGCACAAAAACCAAAUGAAGGCAAGAGGUCAGUAUGAUAUGAAUAGCAUCAUCGUCAUUGGUGACAUACUGUACUGCGUGUCGAUCCUGAAACACUUGAACCUUUGCUGUAGAAGAGUUUAGGUGGAGGAGAGUUUGAACUGAACUGAAUUUAAAAUUUUGGAUUCAUGUAUCCUUUACACUGGCAUGGCUAUUAAGUGUAAGGUUUUUCAAUAUCUUCUCUGCAUUUCAGAUGGUGUCGACAUAGAGGACAAUCCACAUGUGCACAAAUGUAGCUCCACCUGUAGCCUACAAGAAAACAUGUCUGAGAGUUUGGUGUGUAUUAGAAUAUAGUUCCUAGACCCUAACAAAUAAGUAGAUAGUUGUCUAAUGAACAUUUAAUUGAUGAAUAAAACUCAGUAAAUAGAGCAGUGAUGUUUUUGUAUGUUUUACACACUAAUUGCAAGUGCUUAGUGGAUAGAAAUAUAACAAUAAUAGGCGUAGUCAAUUGUAUUUACAAGGAAAGACUAUAAAUGUACAAUAUUUGACUUGAACUAUAAUCUGAAUGAUUUGUUUGUAGAUCAACGACAUGUAUGUCCAGACAUAAGAAUAAAGGCAAGGACUGUAGAAGUGUUUUAUUCUUCACAUGUGUGUAUGAUUUAAAUAUCUCAGUCCAAACUUACAUUUCUCAUGAUAAGAAUUAUUUAAGAAAACCACAUAUGAUUGAUUUUGUAUUACAAAUAAAUGUGGGACAUAAAAGUGUCAUGGCUCGUGUUUUGAUUCUCUAUUAUUUGCUGAAUGGAUUGGUUUUUAAAAGCGACCCUUCAAUUAUUUACAUUUUUAGGAGGAGUGUGGGUCUAGAUUUGGAAAAUCACAAUGAAAA